AUGAAGUUGACUGUUGCUCAACAGCUUCGAGCUAUUAUCAUGGGUGCGCCUGGUAGUGGCAAGGGAACCAUCUCCGCUAGAAUCACUAAAAACUAUGAGAAGAUGGCUCAUCGAAGCUCUGGCGAUAUGCUUCGAGCGCAGGUCGAAAAGGGAUCCGGGGUCGGCAAAGAAGCCAAGAACUUCAUGGAUGGCGGUCAGCUCGUGCCCGAUCAUCUUGUCACAAAAAUCGUGAUCAACGAAAUCCCCGAUGGACCAUUCCUCCUUGACGGUUUUCCACGAACCGUUGUCCAGGCCGAAGAGCUCGGCAACGCUGUUGAAAUCGAUGCCGUAAUUGAUUUAGACGUACCCUUUGAUGUCAUCGAAGAGCGACUUACAUCACGAUGGGUGCAUCCUGGCUCUGGACGUGUCUACAACACUGGUUUCAGCGAUCCAAAGGUGCCUGGCAAGGAUGACGUUACUGGCGAAGAUUUAAUUCAGCGAGAUGACGACAAGCCAGAAACUGUUCAGGCGCGACUCAAGGUCUACGAAGACACUUGCGGUCCGCUCCGAGAAUUCUACGCAAAACAAGGCAAGCUCCACACUUUCUCUGGAAACGCUACUGCCAUUAUCUGGCCCCAGGUUGAGGAAUUCCUCAAGAAAGCCUACAAGGACUAA